AUGAGUCAAAGGUUCUUUGAUAAGAAACGCAAAGAGUUUCUUGAGUUGAAGGAAAGUCGUAUGUCUGUAGCUGAGUACGAGAGGGAAUUUGUACGACUCAAUAAGUAUGCCCAGGAAUGUGUACCAAUAGAGGUUGCUAUGUGCACACGGUUUGUAGACUACCUUAAUGAGGAUAUCAAGCUGUUAGUUGGGAUUCUUGAGUUGAAAGAAUUUGUAAUUCUGGUUGACAGAGUGCACAAGGCUAAAGAACUUAGCAAAGCAAAGAGAAAAGUUGAUUCUGAGGCUUAUGAUUCGAGAAAAAGACCUAUGGGAAAAUCAUUCUCAUCUUCAUGGAAAAAGUCAAAAGAAUUUCAUAGUCAUUCAUCAGCUUUGGUGGGUUAUUCUGGGAGAGAUAAAGGAAAAAAAAUUGAACUCAAAACUUCAGGCUACAUUUGUAGCGAACUGAAAGAUGGGUCGUGUUUUAAAUGUGGUUCUGAUGAUCAUUAUCUUAGAGACUUCUCUGAAAGGUCCGCCAAAGAAAAAGCUAAGACUACUCGUCCGAGUAAUACAACUGUUAGAGGGAGACCAUCACGGAACACUGGAAAUGCAGAUAACAGUCAUAGUGGGACAAAAGAUUCUACUAUGAGAUCAAAGGCAUGGGCACCAGCUAGGGCUUAUGCGAUUCGUGCUCGAAAGGAGACUUUAGCACCUGAUGUGAUCAUUGGUACAAUUUUUUUCCUUGAUACUAAUGUUAAUGUUUUGAUUGACCCGGGGUCAAUGCGCUCAUAUGUUGGCAUAACUUUAGUGUCAGAUAAGAAAAUACCUUUUGAGUCUACUAAGUUUGUGAUUAAAGUAAUGAACCCUUUAGGUUACUAUGUGUUAGUCGAUAAAGUCUGUAAAAACUGUCCUUUGAUGAUUCAGGGUUGCAACUUUCCGACUGAUUUGAUGUUAUUACCUUUUGAUGAGUUUGAUGUAAUUCAGGGUAUUGACUGGUUAGCUCUAUAUGAUGCUAUUGUGAACUAUAGACAAAAGCAUAUUGUGUUAAAAUGUCAGAAUGGUUCAAAGCUUUAA